AUAAUGAGAGUGCCAGGCGUUUCCCAUUUAAUCCAUUUAAGACCUUUAUCAUCUUAUUAACCUUGAAUCAAAAAGGUGUGGCAGAAGCAAAGAUAGUAGAGAAAGAGGUUAUAUUCAAUGCACGCAAAGGCCAGAGCUGGUCAAAUGAGAAUAAAACGGUUAAUUAUAACGCUUAACCUCGCUGUGAGAGUAAAUGUAUUUGUAAGGUAACACUGCACGAAAACUACAGGAGCAACUGUGCAUUUUUCUCUUCUGCAAACUAGCAGACCACUUUGCUAAGGUCUCUGGCAGGCUACAGAGUUAGCCGAAACGGCUAACUUAAAUCCUCCAGUGACUUAAGUUGGAGGAAGAUUUUCCAUCAAGUCUGGGCAUCCGAUGAAACUGAAGCACCUUCCAGUAAAAGUGGAGUAGUGUGUGUUCAUAGAGAACGAUGCCACGCUUGCAGUCCGGUGUGUGGAAGCAUUUUACCCCAGCCAUCAAAGAUGGAAGAGAGACCUUCAUGUGCAACUACUGCUCAAAGACAUACACAAAGAACGCGACUAAGAUGCAGAUGCAUUUAGACAAAUGCAAGGAGUACUCUGUGGUUUCGCAGCAGUCGCCGGGCCCAGAUGGGAGCUCCUCUGCCUCCAUCCCUGUUCCCUCCUUAUCGUUCUUGCCAUCUGCCACUCCUGGGGGACAGUUCCUCAUUGAUUCUGUGGACCAGCGCAGCCAGGCGUAUGCCGACGAGUGCCUGGCGAGAGCUGUGUACGCCACAUCUUCACCCCUCACUCUCACAGACAAUAUUUACUGGAAACGAUUUUUCAGUGUGCUUCGGCCGGCUUAUUGUCCGCCCCCUAGAGAGGCUCUUUCCUCACAUCUGUUGGACUGUGAGUUUGACAGAGUACAAAGCCAGGUUCAUGAGAGCAUAGGGAAAGCAGACUGCGUCGCCAUCAUCAGCAGUGGCUGGUCUAACGUGAAAGAAACUGGGACUAUUAUCUAUGCUGUUGCUACUCCCGUACCGCUGUUUUACAAAUGCACGAUGACAAAGGAGCAGACACACACAAGCGCAUUUAUUGCUGAGGAACUUAAAGGCGUCAUAAAUGAAGUCGGCUCACAAAAGGUUUUCGCUGUCGUCACCGACGAUGUCCCGGAAAUGAUGGCAGCGUGGGCUCAAGUGGAGGAAGCUUUCCCGCACAUAUCAGCUAUUGGCUGCACAGCGUCCGGUGUCGAGCGUCUCUUUGACGACAUAGUGGCGCAGCCGUCUAUGAAGUCACUGUGCAGGAGAGCUGAGCAGGUAGUGAGGUGUGUUCAAGAGCGGCAAAUGUUAAGUGAGACUUUUAGGUGCUGGCAGACUACAAAAAUAAGAAACCACACUUUUAAAGGGACAGCACUGGAACUGCCCUCUGGCACAAACUGGACUGGUGUGGUUAACAUGUUCAGCAGCCUCCUCGAGGGUCAGAACUCUCUACGAGAGAUGGCAGUCUCUACCACACUGGAUAUUGAAGUGACUGUCAGGGCUACCUUGCAGGAUGCCGCGUUUUGGAAAGGGCUGAGCAGCAGUCGGAACUUACUGUACUUGAUUGGGAAUUAUAUUGAUUUCUUGAAAAGAGAAGAUGCCGCGCUCUCUGGUGUUGUCGACAUGUUCAGUCAGCUAAGAUACGUCAUCGGGACUUCUCUGUCAGCAUCUGUGCUGCACAGCGCCGAGCAGAAAGCGGUCAUGGUAUCAUUAGACAGGUGUCAGGAGUUCUGCGUGAAACCUAUCCACGCAGCAGCGUACAUGCUCGAUCCAAAGCACGUCGGACAGCAGACGCUCACCGGGGAGCAGAUAAACAGCGCUUACUACGUGAUAUCCAACCUGUCGCACCAUUUGAAUCUCGACGAGGGUAAAGUGCUCGGCAGCUUUGCCAGGUUCUCGGCCAAGCAGGGACUGUGGAAGGGGGCCGGAAUAUGGAGCUCGUGUCAGCACGUGUCCGCAUCCACGUGGUGGAAAGGCCUGUGCUCUUCUGAGCCGCUGUCUGCCGUAGCCUUCGCUAUACUCCAGAUCCCACCGACAACAGGUGCGUGCGAGCGCCUGUGGCAGCACCUCCGUAGUAUGAAGGUGAAAGGCUUUGUCUCACCCGAGAGGGUGCAGAAACUUGUCGCAGUGCAGGCAAAUCUCAAUCUUUUAGAGCCAAGUGACUUCGACUAUGCUCCACUGGAGAGUGACGAAGAGAAAAAGGCUUCAUUUCAAUCAGAGUCUCACCAGUAAGAAAAAUGCCUUACAGUGUAAUAGAAUACAACUAUUAGACUAGAUGUAUUCCUUUCAGUGUACAGGAUUUGAACUACUCUGCAAAAGUAAGUAAACUGCACCGUGCUCAUGUUUCUUUAUUCAAUCCAAGACUUUUAGAGAAAACACCUUCAUAAGGAGACACUGAAUCAGAUGCCUUCAUGUGUUUUGGUGAAUUCAAGUUUUUUUGUAUUACAUAAUCACGUAGUAUGUAUCAACUUUUUAAUCACAACGUAAAAUAUUAACAACAAGGUCAUAUAUUUCUUACAGCAACUAAACCAUGUAAAUAAAACCACUGUAUUUAUUGAAGAUAA